UCACCCAAAGCUGAAAAUCAAAGCGAGCCCUUCAUGAGAACCAUGAUGGCCGCCUGACAAUCAGAUUUCUCAAAGUGACACUGUUUUUAUCAGACGAUGAAUGAUUUCGUCGUGAAUUUAUAAUAAUUGAAUCUCGGACUAGCGGCAUAUUUUCAAUUUACACUGUGCUGAUCGAGACGUACUGUUUACAGCGAAAGGACUCGUGUGGAGUGGACGCAUUUCCGGAUCUAUUGUGUUCUUGUGGGCUUCACUCUGACCAAACGACCGAACUGCUGGAUUCGAUUCUCGAAAUUCUUAGUUGGGAAUACGAUGACCAUCUGAUUUCGAUGACAAGCUGUGCAACUAGUUUGAAACCAAGUUUUACACUGUUUAUACUCAUUGUUACAUUAUUUUAUUCAUUUGCAUUUCAUCAAAUUGUUUGUGAUGAUGGCUGCUAGCAAUGUGAAUUCAAACCACAGCUCAGCUCACUUGUCAAAAUCAAAUGCCACAUUUUCUUCAACCAAGACCACAGAACAAACCAAUGCCAUGGAUAUCGAGCAGCUUCAACACAUGAUUAAUUGCACUGUGAAGAAAAACCCAAAAGCUGAAUUAAGCAAAUCCGACUUGCUUCGUCUGUUGGGCUACCUGGAAGGGGAGCUUCAAGCCAGAGAUGUGGUGAUUGCAACAUUGAAGGCUGAACGCGUUAAACAGCAAGUCAGCCAUGCUCGUUAUGGACGCAUUCUACCCGUCAACGACCCGUUCAUCGCUCUGCAACGUGAUUCACGCUCUGCCACAGUUGGUGGUUCGUCUACCGACGACACGGCUCUUUUAAAAGCUGUUACCGAAGGUCCUAUGGCAGCUCUGGAAGCCCUGGUAGUCCAACAUAGAAAUUCUCACGUUAAUCUCAUUCAAGCCAUGCAAGACGCCGAAGCACGCCACUCACAGGUGCUUCGUGAAUUAGACGACGAGAGAAGGAAGCAUGAGCAUGACACUGCCCAAGGUGACGACAUCACUUACGGAUUGGAAAAAGAACGGACGAGACUUCGGGAGGAACUGGAGGUGGAGAAGCAAUCAAAGAAGAAACUCGAUAAGGACAUGAAAAAGUUGCAGGAAACAUUGGACGAAGAACGGCAGAGACAAAAACAAAUUGUUUUGUUGUUGUUGGCUGAGCGCAAAAAACUCAUUCUCAAAUACGUCGAAGAAAGGAAUAAAUCAGAAGACUUGGCUCAGAUCCUGGGAGAGGAGAAGGGACGGGUCGACACGAUGGCUGAAGGUUUGGAAGAAGAGAGCCAAAAAGCUUUGCAAAUGGAGGCAGAGUUAGAGAAACAGCUGGCUCUGUUUGACACUGAAAGAGCCCAACUUAAAGCCCAGCUGCAACGCGAAGAAAAGAGGACUAAGGAACUGGAAAUGAUUAUUGACAAACUUCACACAGAGGUCGACAACCUAAAGAAACAACAAGCAGAAGCUCACCAAGUGGCCAUGUUCCAAGCUGGACUCAAUCAGCCCAAUAGUCCUCCCAGAAUUACCACAACUAAUCGAAACAGUUUACCCCCGGGAACUUCGACCCUUAUAUCUCCAGCUGGAGGUGGCGCCAUGGGACCCCAACUUCCUUCAAAACCCACAGUUGUCCCUCCGCAAACUCCUCCGCGUUCCGUCAAUUCUGCGGUCGUAAGUAGCAGCCCAGUCAGUAUACCACGUACAAGCCCGUCAGCUCCAAUUCCGCUCAAUUCGGCUACUGGGCUCGUUGUACUAGGCACAAGCGGAAAAGUUGUUCAGCCAAUGGCUCUCGUUAGUAGCACUCCAGUCCAGGCACCAACAACCGGAAUUGCCCGAGCUGUUAGCCCUGCCUCUGGAGGAAUCCGCAACAUGCAAUAUAAUUUAGGAGGGAUGAAUGCAGCUAACAUUAGUUCAUCCGGGUCUUCCAGAACUCUGCCUCCACCACCGGUUUCGACUGCCACCACAAAUAAUGAAGUUGGCGAAUUGACACCGGCGAGCCGUGGAUCUUCCGCUGGUACAAUGCAGUCAACUUCACCGCGAGUGGCCGUUUCAGCCUCUGCGGGCACGAAAGUCUUCACUACUACCAACAAUGAAGGCAAAGUUACUUUCCACGUCACGACGAGCGCCACUUUGCCGACAUCCACAUCUGCUGCAUCCGCAACUGGAACGGCUACGUCUGCUCAGCCCACAACGCCCAAAAAGUCGGCUGCUCUUGCACGAGGCAUUCCACCGCCAGUACCACCCAACAAGCCGGUCAUUCCUCCGAAGAAAUCUUCCACAGCCACUGCAACAUCCAUGGCCAGCAGUUCCGUUUCAGGUCAGAUGAUCAACCCGGUGGUUAUAUCUUGUUCGAAUAACCCACAGGUGACUACUGUAGACCAUGGCCGGCCAAUCAGCUUAGAAGUGCAUCCAGUGCACAAGGCUGGCCAAGUGGGUUCGCAUCAGGGUCUCAAGUUCGGCAUCACCAUUUCGAAAGAUAAGAUUCAAAUCAGCAGCAAUCCUCCUGAACAGGGAUUAGCGGAUCAAGAGGUCCGUGAAGCUGUCGUGCAGGUGGGUGAUGGUGUAGAUGAUGGUAGCCGUGACAGCCAAGCGCCCGGGCAUGAGAUUUCUCACGACAAUUCUUCUCAUUCCCCUCUUUCUCCCUCGUGUCUUGCUUUGCUGGAGAAAGAACUGGAAGAAUUCCAGCAGCUCCUCAGCAGCAUGGCUACUACCCCCAAUUCUUCUUUCGCCCCUUCAUCUCUUCCUUUAUCAGGUAGCUGGAGAGCCGUCUCACCCCUUUUUUAUAGCAGCACUUUGCUUCCAAACGAUCCGCGCUUUCACUUUGUACGUCUGCUUCGUUCCGGUUUUAAAGGAGGUGGCUCCAUGUUAGCAGGGGACCUUUUUACAAUGUCCCGCUGGUUUGACAUCGUCCGCAUCUUCCAGCACUCCUGCGGAAGAGAGCAGCGGCGUUAUGCUGCAUAUGGGUGUUUGAGAUGGCCCACAUAUAAAGGACCAAGAAAGCCACUUAAAAUAUUUUACACGACAGUUGCAUCUUAAGCAAAAUUGCAUUGUUUUUAAAAAUUCAAUCGUGAAAUAUUCAAUGAUUGAGGAUAAGUUAAUGAAGAAGAAAACGCGUCGGUUUUAUUCGUCGUGUCUAGUCGUUUUUCAUUUCCAUCCUCUGCAAAAUUACUCGCUCUCCUCUGUCUCUCUUAUCUCUCUACCCCCAUCUGUUUUAAGUAAAUUGGGCGUGAAUGAUUACCUGACGACCAUCACUUCUCAUGUGCACGAUUUCAAUUGUUAUUUUAAAUGAGUACUUCCUAACCUGGCGACUUUACAAAAAAAAAGAGCAAAAUGUUUGUGUGUAUGCGUGUUAUAGGCAUAUCAUGUAAUUCGAAACUGACGUACUAUAUAUAAUUACCUCCCCCGGA